CGCCGCCGGUAGGGAGCCGGGCCCGUCAGCGCCGGCGGCCGCGGCCCCUGCGCCGAGCGGCGGAACCAACUGAAAAUGUCGCAGAAUCCUGACAAGCUACACUCAAGUGAAGAAAGGCUGAGUGGUUUGGAGGAUGGUCAAGAGGAGAACUCGGAUAACCCGGAUCAGUCUGUCCGAAAAAGGAUCCGGCAGAGCGCUCCAGGGUCACACAGAGAUGACACACCCAAGUCCAGUCCUGCUCGGCCUGUGUCCAUAGAAGAGCUCAUGGAAACAGCCAAGGGAGUCACCAACAUGGCAUUAGCACAUGAGAUUGUUGUCAAUGGAGACUUCCAGAUUAAACCAGCUGAAUUACCAGAACACAGCUUGGAAAAGAAAGUAAGAGACAUUGUGCAUAAAGCUUUCUGGGAUUGUCUGGAAGCUCAAUUAAAGGAAGAUCCACCAACAUAUGAUCAUGCAAUUAAACUGUUGGGAGAAAUUAAAGAGAAUCUCCUGUCUUUCUUGUUGCCUGGUCAUACUAGACUGAGAAACCAGAUUACAGAAGUUCUUGAUCUGGAUUUGAUAAAACAGGAGGCAGAAAACGGGGCCCUUGACAUUUCUAAGUUGGUCAAAUUUGUUAUUGGGAUGAUGGGGACUCUCUGUGCUCCAGCUCGAGAUGAAGAAAUUAAGAAACUGAAUGAUAUUCAUGAAAUAGUUCCUCUGUUCAGAGCCAUUUUCUCUGUAUUAGACCUAAUGAAAAUGGAUAUGGCAAACUUCGCUGUCAGUAGUAUUAGGCCAAAAUUAAUGCAGCAGUCUGCUGAAUAUGAAAGAAAGAAGUUUCAGGAGUUUCUUGAGAAACAGCCAAAUUCUUUAGACCUUGUCACAAAGUGGUUGCAAGAAGCAGCGGAUGAUCUUGCAAAGCUGGGACAUGAAACGUUGCCUCCCCACUCUAAUGAUGGUGCUACUGGUGGAGCCUCCACCUUGUGCUUCACUGCUGUACAAAAUCAGGCCUAUCUGAAGCUCCUAAAGUGGGAUCAUGUGAACAGGCCUUUUCCAGAAACGGUGCUCAUGGACCAGACCCGCUUCCUGGAAAUACAGCUGGAGCUGGAGCAACUCCUCCUUGUUGGGACAGUGCUCCUGGUCACGUUCAGUGCAGCAGGCCCAGCACUUGUCGAUGUGCCUGGAUUUGCGGAGAAAAUCAAAACCAUUGUCAAGGUGCUGCUGACGGGAACGCACCUUCCCUCCUUUAACCUGAAGGAAUCUCUGGCCACCAUCGGGGAGAAGGUGUGUGCCGAAGUGAACAGCUGCCUUUCCCAGCACGGCUUUACACCGUUCUCAGCAGAGAGAGAGACUGUGCUUAAAGGGCAGAUCCAAGCAGUGGCCAAUCCAGAUAACACCAUCUGCAGGCUCAUAGAUUCUCGAAUUCAAAAGUUUCUGGAGAAUUAUCUUGCAUCCAGUCACCAGAAAACACUCCCUGCUAUCCCUGGAGGGUUAGGCCCUAUCCAAAGAGAGCUGGAAGAGGUUGCUGCCAAGUACGUUCGUCUCGUCAACUACAACAAAAUGGUCUUCAGCCCUUACUAUGAUGCAGUCCUUGGCAAAAUACUGACUAAGGAAGAAUCCCAACUUGUAGGGAAGCCAGAAGAGUCAUAAACCCAGUUUGUGUGCUACCAACACGGUAUUGUCAGCUAUUAAAUAAAAAUUGUACCAAUAUUUGUCUAGGAAAACAGCUUUCCGUGUAAAUACUGGUUCCUUCUAAUUCACGAGCGAUGGUCGAUGAAGGAAAUACACGAGGUGCAAAAGGGGUUCUGAAGUAAAUGAUGAGAGAUGCAUUUUUAAUGUAAGGAUACAACCUAGGGGGGAAUAUCAUGGCAGUUUUCUGGCUGUAAUUUUUACAUUUUGGAGCUGAUUCUAGGUAGGGCAAGUUUAAGAACAAAACUUCGUAUUUAAGUGGCUCAUUUUAGGGCAUUUAACUCUUAAUUUACAGUGAAUUUAGUUUAACUAAUCCAGAGCAGUUUAGCAAUGUAUCUUCCCAGAAGGGGUAAUAUGGUUUUAAAAACAUCUUACUUUAAAGAAUUAAGAAAGCUAAAAUUCUAGAUAAGAGGAACUUCAACAGACACAAAAGCAACCCAAACAGCACUUUAUUGUAACAUUAUGGUCACUAUGGUAGGCUACUAGUUUUUUCUGCAUUUUACUGCAUUUUUAAUAGCAUUUUUUUGCUGUUUACCUGCAGAUGUUACAAAACAUAAUAUAUUUUUGUAGUAAAUUUUCUGGUUAUUGGGUAACUGUCCUCUGCUAUGUACAGUACUUACAAAGGUGGCAAUCUUAUAGAUUGCAGCUGUAUUUAUCUCUUGUAAAGACUUAAGAAGGGCAGAGCUAAAAUGUUUUGAUAAAAGUGGUAUUUCUUACCUUGUUUUGCUAGUAGUUUCCUCCUUUUUAUGUGAGAUACUAAUUUUAAAGUAAAUCUGUGUCACUUUCAGAAGGUGGAUUUAACGUGUGUGAAACUUCAGGCUGGAAAGUUUACUUGUUUUUUUUUUUUUUUAAAAAAAACUACAACAGGAGACGGUUGCAUAUUCAAUCAUGUCUUCAAAAAUAGCCAGGAAGUGCAGAGCACUAUGGGCAGUAUAAGUGAUUUUAAUGCAGUGUGAGAGGUGAAUGACUUAGUUUGAAUAUACAGGGAAUAUUUUCAGUAGAUUUUUUUUCACUUUGUAGAGGUGUUCUUGGAACUUAGAAUAUUUAUAGGCCUUGAAUUUCAUUAGCUAUGUGUUGUGUAGAUGAGUGUUCUCAGAAGAGCUCAGUGAUCUUACAGCCUCGUUGCAGCUUCAGACUCAGCUGGGAGGUAAGUGCAUCUGAAAUUUCCCUCUAGUUGAGCACAACAGUGUAUUACAGUAAUCAAUAUUUGAUGGUUUUAGGAAAGCAAAGUUCGUAGCUAUAAACAGUAAGCGGUCCAAGUACUAAGCUAUCCAAGCCAGAAUGUCUUUGAAAAAAACAAACAAACAAACAACAAGGUAUGUAAAAUAAAUAAAUAAAAUGGCCCUUUUAUUGCCAACAACCAGGUUAAUUUAUGAAUCAACUAGCCAACCAAAGUAUGAGAACUUCUAGAAGCACUUGAUUUUAAAUAAGUGUUGAUGCUUCCCUUUCUAGUUUUCCUUUAAAUCUCAGUGUGGAUGGAGGUGCACUGACUUUGAUUUUGGAGGAAGACGAGAUAAAUAAGACCUUUUUUCUAUAUUAGCCUAUGCAACUCUAAACCAAAUUUUUCUCAUUGAUUACAAACCCCUUUCCCCAAGGGGAAAAAAAGCAAACCACCAAACCCUGUAAGAGUUUACCACUUCAGACAGAUUUUUCUCUCUUGGCUAAAUAAACUCAGAUAGUGAAAUGAAUGUCUUUGAAUCUUUGGCAAUUCAGAAAUGAGUAGGUUGGGUAGCCAGACAAAAAGGGUUCUGAGUAGGCUUUUGGUGUAGACUGUGUCAUUGUUUGGAUCAGCAAAGGAUACUAGAGAGGUCUUCAAGGUUGCUGUGUCUGCUUAGUGGGCUUUGUUGUUACUGCAGGACCCACCUCUCAGUGCAGCCACAGAAGUUAAUUCGACAGUCUGAGUAACAACGAGCUGCCAGAGCCAUUAUGGCUGGAGGUGUAACCAAAGUAACAAGACAAAGCUGUUUUCAGUUUUGCUGCCGUUAUUUUAUCUUUUAGCACUGCCUAGGAGCUGCCUUUAAAACCCCUGGGACUUACACACACCACACAAGGUUAGAUGCCACAGGGGACGAUCUUGAGGAUGUGGAGAGGAACAACACGACAGUGAGACACUCAGAAAAGCCCUUGAACAACAUAACUGAUGGCAGAGUGAAGGGGACUGAAUUAUCAAUGACUGCUCCCAGGUCUGGGAUUCAGGGUCCAGGUGUCCUGACAUUGCAGCAGGGAUUGUGCUGCCAACAGUGCUCGUGUGUUGCUCACAGGGUUGAUAAAGUAAAUCCCAUCUCUCCUCACAGGAGGGGUUUGAUCCUAAGGCUUAGUAUAGGAAAAAAACCGUAGAACCAUAGAAGAGUGCAGUACUCUCCUCUGCCUCCAGUCUCACUUCUGGGGGCACACACAGUGGGAACAAAUGCCUCUGGGAGUGGGUGCUGCAAGCCUUCCAAGAGUAAAGAUCUGAAGGGACUGUAAUAAAUGCCCACGAGUGCAAAUCACCUUAAUGAUUUUCCCAAGUUGUUUUUUUAAUCAGAGCAUCUGACAAACAGUGUCUCUACAUCCUCACAGAAAGAAAUAGGGAGAUACAACUGAGGAGCAGAGCAAGAAAGGAAUUCCAGGAUUGCUAAGGCCAGUUCCUCCCUCCACCUGAACCUUUCCAGGGUUCACCUCUCCCCCUGGCAGAGAGAAGCACUGACCCACAGGCAGCGGUGCUGCUGGAGAUGGGAACGUCUUGAACUUUCUCGAGUAUCUGAAUGUCCUGUAGUCCAAGGGUGUUCUUAAGAUCCUAUCAGAGUGCCAUUCUGAAUAGCCAAUUACAAGUUAAAAGCUCAAGUACAUAGAAACUGCUUUGAAGGCUCAUAUAGUGUUUUUUUUUUUAGCUUGUUUGAAGAUAACAAGUGAAACGAUGUAGCUGAUAAUUAUUAACAUUUAGCUUUGUACCUUACAGUGGAAGACCGGUGCAGGUAUCCAGGACCAGCCUGUGUUAGCCAGUGGUCCUGGACAACCCACCUUUGAAACAUAUACUGAGUUAGUCUUAAGAUGCUGUCUUCUUCAAACAGUGGUGGAAUUACAAGCAAAAGUGUACUGUAUCCUCUAGAAAAAUGGAAAACAAGCUAAUUCUAAUAUGUAUGCUCUGACCAGUUUCCUGUGACGGUCUUAUUAGCAUUGCUUUUGAAGUGGCUGAGUAAUAUUUUAAGAAGUACCUUGUUGUGUUUGAAUAAAACCAGAAUGAGGCAUGAA